AUGUCUGUAGCUAGCGCCAGUAUUUGUUAUGGGUACGAGGAUAAGGUAGGUGGAUAUUUUCUAAUUAUGGUAAUUGAAGAAUCUUGGCAGAAAUAUAUAGUUUCAUCUAAAAUAUGGACGGUUUAUAAUAUUGUAUUUUAGAAAAGCUGUGAUAUAGUGGAGGCCAGUGCCAAAGUUUUGCUGUUUACAUUGCCUGAAGAUGCCACUGAAACCAUAUCGGAGACUGCCAAAGCCAAGAAGUACCUUCAAAGCUUGGAACAUGAAGUAAGUUGUCUCUAUAACGUUGGUUUAUGGUUUACCUGAAGGCCUUGGGUUAUUAUAUCAUUUUGAAAGCUUGUUUGACGUGAUUUAUUUAUCUUGCCAAUGCCAGCUAUUGACCAAGCUAUUGGUCAUUAAAAAUGGACCAAGAAGAAAUAAUUAAGGUACAAACCCAAAAUUUAAAUAAAAUUUUGUUUUAGAUGAAAAGAUUUGGCCAAUUGACGAACCAAAACUUUGACAUGGAAAUUCAAUGUUUGUGGAAGGUUUUGUGCGAUAUUGAGGAUGGUUUCGAUGGACUUUUGGUGUUCUACCAGAAGUUAGAAGAGUUUGGGAACAGUUUGGAGGUAGAUGAAAAAGAAUUGAAACGUUGGAACAAAAACAUCGAAAUACUCAAGGAACUUCGAAUGGAAAUUUAA